AUCGUGCGUAUAUUAUGCCAUGUGGCGGUAGGAAUUAAGGCAAUAGGCAAUUGAACGUUGAAACGGCCAGAAGUGCGCUUAAAAUCUUAAAAAAAUAAAAAAAAAUAAUAAUUUUUUUACAAGCAAAUACAACGGAUAUCAGUGUCCUGUAAGUGCAGUGUGAAACUAACAAAAGAAAAAGUGUAAAUAAAACAAAAAAAAACAAUGUUGCCACCAACACACAAAACUCGAGUGCCAUUAAUUAUCCUGCAAUUAUUGUUGCUUUGCUUUAGUGGCGCUUACAGCGCAUCGCAGCCGCCGUAUCAAGUGUCACUGUAUGUGUCGCUGCAUCCACGCGCGCCGCCCAUACACUAUUGUAACGGUGUUAUUGUGCAGAGCAGCUUGAUACUGACCGCCGCCAGUUGUACGUACUAUCAGUCGUCGGUGGUUGAGGAGAGUGGCGCGCCGGUGCGCAUUCCAUCGUCAAAGAUCACUGUGGUGCCAGGCGUUGCUGGCACUUACAACAUGUUGAAUACCUUCGAUGUGUUGGAGAUUAAUAUUGCGCCCGGUUUCAAUUACACCACAUUGGCGAAUAAUUUGGCCAUACUGCGCCUGGAUACGACACUGCCACUGGGUCAACGCGCUGAUAUCCAGUGGAUUAUUAUGGAUGAUUAUGUUUAUGAGGAGAAUGGUUUAUACAUGGCAGGAUUUCCGUCAUUAAAUGUGGACCCAAACUCCAUGCUAUUAGAGGGUGUACAAAUAUUACCCAACGAACAAUGCGCACAGACGUCCGCACUAGGCAAUGAAAGUAUUUGCGUGCGUUAUCCAUACACAUAUCCAUAUGCGAUCGGACCGGAUUGUGAGUACCCCAGCGAUUUUCCCUCAUUUAAUAACGAUUAUGGCACAGGUCUGAUAGUGCGCAGUCAAUUGGUUGCCUUAUUCUCGCACACAAUUGCUACAACAACAGCCAACCAAAAUACCAACAAUUGUCAACAGGAGCAACAGCCGUUUAAUGCGAUUUUCACCGCUGUUGGGCCACAUGUGGAUUGGAUUUAUGGCAUUAUCGCGAGUGAGGAAAUGUUAGCUUUGCAUCAAAAUGACUUUAUGUACUCAGCGCCUUAUCAGCAAGAUGUUAAUAGCGCUAUUAUGUACUCAUCGUAUGCGUCAGAGUUGAUGCCGUCAUUAAUUGAAACAACAACAACAAUGGCAGCAACAGUGUUGACAACCACCACGGAAGUUACGACGUCGCCAAGCAGUACGGAAGUAAGUUCAACGCUACCGCCAUGUGUGAGUGCUGCCGGCAAAGCGGUUGGUGUGAAAGCAGCAUUGUUGUUCUGCGCUUUAUCUUACAUACUUUUGGCUUAUUUCAUGAAGUAAGCUUGAAAUUUUAUAUAAAAUUUUAAAUUAAGUGCGAGCAACUUUCGCAUGUGCGCUUAUUAACUUCAUAUUUGACCAUUAUAUUAUAAAUAUUAUAUUAUUUUUAUAAUUUGUGAAACUAAUUUAGAAAACCAAAAAAGACUGAUACGGCAUGUUAUGCAUAUGUAUAUUUAUGUAAAAACUGAAUUAAUAAAACUUUCACUUUACUGUUACUAUAUUACUAUA